AAUUAAUUGGCUUAUUUGUUGGGAACGUGUUAGUGGAGUGUUCAUCAUUCAUUUACGCAUACGGCGCACACUAGUUUCUUCGUUGCUACAGUACGCCCCACCCCCGCCUAUUUAUAUUCAGUAUUCAAUUCACUCCAAUUUCACUUGCAGAGUUCUCGUUCUCAGCUGAAAACUCCAUUUUCAAGGCGUCCAAGCAGAAAAUUGUGCUGUGCAAAUUUGGACUAAGUUGAGGUCCUAUAUAUGGAGAAACUAGCAUUUCAAAAUGGUGUCAAGAAGGAUCAGUUGCUUUCUGCAGUAAAUGAUUAUCAUGGUGGAGUUAUAGUGGAAUUGAAGGAGCCUAUGGACCCCAAUGUCUUUCAAAACAUGCUUAAAGCUUCAUUAUCCAAGUGGAGGCUGCAGGGGAAGAAGGGUGUCUGGAUUAAACUACCAAUUGAGCUUGCAAAUUUGGUUGAAACUGCAGUUAAGGAAGGAUUUUGGUACCACCACGCGGAACCUCAUUACCUGAUGUUAGUGUAUUGGAUUCCAGAAACUGAGAAUACCAUCCCAGCAAAUGCCUCACAUCGAGUGGGUAUUGGUGCUAUAGUCUUAAAUGACAAAAGAGAGUUGCUUGUUGUCCAAGAAAAUAGCGGCAGAUUAAAGGGAACUGCUGUAUGGAAGAUCCCUACUGGCAUUGUUGAAGAGGGCGAGGAUAUAUUUGAAGGUGCAAUAAGGGAAGUAAAAGAAGAAACAGGAAUUGAUACUGAAUUUAUGGAAGUACUUGCAUUCAGGCAAACACACAAGGCGUUGUUUGGCAAGUCAGACUUAUUCUUCAUUUGCAUGAUGCGCCCUUUAUCAUUUGACAUUCAAAAACAAGAUUUAGAAAUUGAGGCAGCCCAGUGGAUGCCAAUUGAAGAGUAUGCAGCUCUACCUUUUGUUCAGAAACAUGGCCUUUUCAAGUACAUCAAAGAUUUAUGCUUGGUUAAGGCCGAAAGGAACUACCCAGGGUUUACUCCUGUGCCUAUAACGUCAUUUUUCGAUGCCAGCAUGAGUUUCCUGUAUUGCAACAAGGAUGGUCUGGACCAAGAUGCUCUGCAAGUUCAUCUCUGAAGGAAGAUUUGGAGAUCGAAACUUGUAAGACUAUUUUGAUCUAAUUUAUAAGUUAUUAUUUUCUCUAGUAAUUGUUUCUAUCUUCUAUGAUGAAAUUAUGUG